GACGCGGAGGCGGAAUUGAACCACAACUAAACCAUUCUGGUUUCUACUAAAGUGAUAAGGCUAGUGUUGUUAUGUUACUCAGGUCACUUGUAGGGAGUGCCUGCACUCUAAUAGGAGCUGCAACCGCAUUCAAACUUGCACCUGUGGAAGCCAAGGCCCAGGCAGCUGCUCUCCUUCACAGCGCAGUGAGGAAAUCGUCUCUGGUGGAUCAAGCAAACAUGAGGAUUGAACUUCUUCCAGCACUCACUGAUAACUACAUGUACCUCCUGAUUGACGUGGACUCCAAAGAAGCAGCUAUUGUUGACCCAGUGGAGCCAAUAAAGGUUAUAGAGGCUGUCCGAAAACACGGCGUGAGACUCACAACUGUUCUGACCACCCAUCAUCACUGGGAUCAUGCUAGUGGAAAUGAGAAGAUGGUGAAGCUAAUGCCAGGGCUGAAGGUCUAUGGAGGAGAUGACAGAGUUGAUGCGAUAACAAAGAAAGUUUCUCACUCCAACAAUUUAAAACUUGGAUCUCUCAACAUCAAAUGCCUGUUUACACCCUGUCACACAACUGGUCACAUCUGCUACUAUGUGACCAAAGAAAACAGCACUGAGCCUCCAGCUGUUUUCACAGGGGACACACUGUUUGUGGCUGGUUGUGGUAAAUUCUUCGAGGGUACUGCAGAGCAGAUGUAUAAAGCCUUGAUAGAAAUUCUGGGACGCCUACCUCCUGAAACACGUGUUUACUGUGGUCAUGAGUACACUGUCAGCAAUCUGAAGUUUGCACGUCAUGUGGAACCAGACAAUGAAGUCAUUCAGAAGAAGCUAGCAUGGGCAAAGGAGAAAUGCAGCAGCGGAGAACCUACUAUCCCGUCCACUUUGGAGGACGAAUUCACAUUUAACCCUUUUAUGAGAGUAAAAGAAAAGUCUGUGCAAGAUCACGUGAAACAAACCGAACCAAUUGAAACCAUGAGAAGUCUCCGGAAAGAAAAGGAUGGCUUCCGCGUGCCGAAGGAGUGAUGUGCACACAAUGCAACAACUUACCGUUUCUGACCGCCUGCUUACAACCAUGCAAUAGUUAAUUUAAUAGCAUACUGAAGGAAAUAUCUGCAACUCAUCUUCAUAGCCACUUGAAAUAGAUCUACUGCAUUCACUCUCUGUCAAGCCACAAACUUUUUAUCCCCAUGUUUAGCCCUAAUAUGGCUUUAAACUUAUGUCAUUAUUUUAGUUCUGUUCAACAGUUUUUUGACUGGUGUGAUAGUUUUAAGGAAUGUAUGGCCAAUAACUGAAUGUUUUAAAUGAGAAAUCAGUUUGUUAAUCUGUAAAUGGCAAUGUUCUAGAGUCUAUUUAGUAUCAUGUUGGAAUAUAUUGAUGAACAAACUACUGUUUCUUUCAGUGCUUAAAAAAAGAUAAAUUGAGCCACUGAAGUGACAUGUUGGAAAAUAUGUAAAAAUGUCUGUAAAUUGUUAAACUCAUUUCUUUGUAAAGUUUUGUUCAAUUCGGA